AUGAAUGAUUCAUUUUUGACUGAUGUGUCAUGUAACAUUAUAUGCAAAAUACAGCUGGCUGUGACCCCCUUUGUGAUGCUCGAAGCCUCUUUCGCCUUUCAUGCAUAUUCACGUCGCUUGCUUAACGGGUUGGUCCAAUACGCUUGUGGGUUAAAACUGAUUGAACAGGCUGGAACAAACAGAGGUUGUACUCAAAUACAACCGCCAAUUGUUACAGUGACCACUGGGCCUGGCGCUAAAGUGUGUUCAAGAGAAUCAAUUAAAGGUAAAAACGCCAUGCAGAGCGAUGCAGCACAGAUGCAGCCUGCUUCAUGUCCACCAGCAACAUAUUCUCCCUCCGUAUCUGCCCAAGACAAUAUUUCCUGCACUACACGGCAUUCUCAUCAAAACAUAGCGGGCCCAUCAGGCCUGCGCUCUUCUCGGCCUAAAAAAACAGAAGGUAUUCGUGUUCGUACCCCACGAAGGGCAGCGUUUGCAUCAACAGGUGCGCAUGUUAGGUACCAGAACCUUGGCCGUCCAACCUUCACGUGCCAUAAUUGUGCGGCGAUCAUGUGGUAUGAAGAGAGGAAUAAAAAUGCAAAGUCGUCUGAUGGGACGACUUUCUCUUCGUGCUGCCAGGAUGGCAAGGUUUUGCUUGCUCGCCUUCUUGAUCCGCCUGAACCAUUAAGAUCAUUACUUGAUUAUAACGACCCGUCGACACUUAGAUUCAGAGAACAGAUUAGAGUUUACAAUAGCAUGUUCUGUUUCACAUCGUUUGGGGGAAAGAUUGAUCAUGCUAUAAACAGUGGUCGAAGCCUAUACACCUUCCGAAUAAGUGGGCAGAACUACCAUCGAAUAGGCUCCAUGUUGCCAGUUGAAGGUGAGCAACCAAGAUAUGCUCAGCUGUAUUUCUACGACACGCAAAACGAAGUUAAAAACCGUAUAACUGCUUUGUUUGGCCAGACCCAUUGUCACGACACAUGUGACGAAGCAAUUGUUGCGUCCCUAAUCAGAAUGUUAGACACCCACAGUCCUUUGGCUAACGCCUUCCGCAUGGCACGUGACUGGUGCACUCAAAAUGAAAGAAACAAUUGUCAUCUACGCUUACUUGUCCAGAUAAUAAACAAUCCACAAUACAACCGCCCUAAUGUGUCUGAAGUUGCUGUUCUUAUCACAAACGACUUUGGGGACAACCCUGAACCACGUGAUGUUAUCGUUAGCCCAAAGCACGGCGCGCUUCAACGCAUAUCGGAAUUACAUCAGCUUUACAUGCCUUUGCAAUAUCCGCUGUUGUUCCCGUACGGAGAGACCGGGUUCCACGAACGAAUACACUACCAUGACAACACAGGACGCCGAGCCACUAAACGACAAUGUGUCACAAUGCGGGAAUACUACUGCUACAGAAUCCAUUAUCGCAAUACCGAAGGCACCACCCUGUUAAGAGGCGGUCGUUUAUUCCAACAAUACUUAGUUGACUCAUACGCAGCUAUCGAAGAACAAAGAUUGCGCUGGAUGAGGAAUAACCAAAACGAACUGCGUGUUGAACUCUAUCAUAAUGUUUGUGACGCUGUGACGCGUGGGGAUACAAAUGCCAAGGCUAUCGGCCAACGUAUAGUUUUACCGGCAACCUUUACGGGCAGUCCAAGAUAUAUGAUCCAAAAUUACCAAGACGCCAUGGCUCUAUGCCGCACUUUUGGGAACCCCGACCUGUUUGUAACAUUUACAGCUAACCCAAAAUGGCCUGAAAUCGAUGACAUGGUAUCUCUCAUACCCGGCCAAAAGUCUCAUGAUCGUGCAGAUGUUGUAUCACGCGUUUUUAAACUAAAGCUUACCUCCUUGAUUGAAGAUAUUAUGAAGAAACAAAUCUUUGGUAGCUGCGAAGCAGCUGUUUAUACAAUUGAGUUUCAGAAACGAGGCCUACCACACGCGCACCUUCUGUUGUGGCUUGAACAUUCUGUCGAGUCACGCACACCGGCUGGCAUAGAUGAUUUGAUUUCUGCAGAGAUCCCAUCGGAAAUGGACGAUCCAUCCGGCUAUAAGGCCGUAACAGAUUACAUGUUGCAUGGCCCAUGUGGAAACGAUGCGCGCAGUGCUCCAUGUACAACAGAUGGAAAAUGCAUGAAACACUUUCCGAAACCAUUUUACCGAGAAACAACAAUUGACGAAGACGGUUACCCGGUUUAUCGCCGACGAGAUACCAAGAUCUUCUUUAAGAAGGGCAAAACGAAGCUUGAUAACCGGUUUGUCGUCCCAUACAACCGCUACCUCCUCUUAAAGUACGAAUCUCACAUCAAUGUCGAAUGGUGCAACCAAUCCCGAGCGAUAAAAUACCUGUUUAAAUACUUGAACAAGGGGCCAGACAGGGCUACAAUGGUUGUUCAGGAAAACAUUGGCAAUAACGGUGAAAAGCGUACACAACAGAUUGUUAAGGUUGAUGAGAUUAAAAACUAUCUGGAUUGCCGGUACUUAUCACCAUGUGAAGCUGUGUGGAGGAUGCUUGCAUUUCCUAUACAUUACUCAUUCCCAUCCGUCAUGAAACUAACGUUCCAUACACCUGAUCAACAUCUGCUCACGUUACGUGAUUCAGACAGCUUACCGGCAUUGUUAAACCGGGACGGGAUACGAGACACGAUGUUCACCCAAUGGUUCGCGCUAAACAACAGAGAUGAAGCGGCAAGAAAGUUAACGUACGCCGAGAUACCAACAAGGUAUGUGUGGCAAGAGGAUAACAAGGUUUGGAAAACGCGGUUGGAACGGACAGCCAUUGGGCGGAUUGUGUAUUGCAAUCCAGCAGCUGGGCCAAAGUAUUAUCUAAGAAUGUUGUUGGGGAUUGUGAGAGGGCCUCGAAGUUUUGAAGAAAUAAAAACGGUCGACGGAGUCGUAUAUGCAACGUUCAAAGAAGCCUGCUAUGCGUAUGGCUUGCUUAAUGAUGACAAGGAGUGGAAUGACGCCCUGUCAGAGGCUAAAUUAUGGGCGUCCGGUUCCCAACUACGGGAAUUGCUUUUCAUGUUCCCAGGGUUACAUUUAUCUGACGACCAACUUAAGAACUACUGCCUGAUCGAACUAAAUGAACUAUUAGAGAAAAAUGGAAAAUCGUUAUCGGAUUUCACAGAUAUGCCUCAGCCAGAUACGUCGCUCCUCGAUAAGAUGGAUAAUCGUCUAAUUAGGGAAGAGUUGAGUUACAAUAAAAAAAAGAUAACAGACGAACACGAUCGAUUAUAUGCAUCACUGAACACGGAACAGACGGCCAUAUACGACACAGUCAUUGAAUCUGUUACCACUCGAAAAGGCGGGUUCUAUUUCGUGUAUGGUCCGGGUGGGACAGGCAAGACGUUCCUGUACAAAGCCAUUCUGUCACGCUUAAGAUCUAUGGGCAUGAUUGCCCUUGCGGUUGCAUCUUCAGGUAUCGCGUCCCUUCUGUUACCCGGUGGUCGGACAGCUCAUAGCCGCUUCGCUAUCCCUCUAGAAUUGCUUCAAAAUAGCACGUGUGCCAUCAAACAAAAUACCCAUUUGGCACACCUAUUACAAGAGGUAAGGUUAAUCAUCUGGGACGAGGCACCAAUGAUGCAAAAAUAUGCUUUUGAAGCGCUUGAUAAAACACUUAGAGAUAUCUUGGGGUUUCCUGCCCACGCAAACAGGGAACGCAUUUUUGGUGGCAUGCCUGUUUUACUUGGUGGUGAUUUCAGACAAAUCCUGCCCGUCAUCCCAAAAGGAAAAAGAGAAGAUGUUGUUCAGGCAUGCAUAAAUAAAUCGUACCUGUGGAAAAGUUGUAAACUCUUCAGACUCCACCGCAGUAUGCGUGUCAACGAAUACACCUCAGCAGGUGUGCUAGACAUGGAUAGGAAACUUUUCAACAAAUGGUUAUUAGAAAUCGGCGAUGGAAUUGUUCCCUCAAAGACCAAAGAAGGGGAGGAUGAGCCUACCUGGAUCGAGAUACCCACCAGGUUCAUCGUACCUGGUUCUGGUCUUCCUGUGGAAUCGAUUGUUAACGCUGUCUUCCCGUCGUUUACAGAAAGGCAGGUUGAUGACGCUUAUUUGUGUGAAAGAGCAAUACUAACCCCGCGCAAUAUAGAUGCGGACGAAAUCAAUGAUUACAUGUUUGCACAACUGAGACGAAACACAAAGAUCUACAAGAGUUCUGAUGAGAUUGUCGCGCGUCCACAGAUGUAUUAG